CAACCGGUAAAUGGGCAAGCGAAAGAAUAAACGCCAGAUGCCCUACCAAUUCGCUUGCUUGUCCGAAUUCCAGUAUUUUCAGGCUAUUUAUCCUCGUUUUCGCAUGAAUUUAGGUAGGCAACUUUGAGGUAUGUUCUUCUAAAACAAGCAAUCACACCCUAAGGUUUCGAUUCUCCAUCACAUUUCUGUGUGUCCUUAUUCAAUUUAUUAAUUAUGAACCUUGAUCGGGUCUUAAUUUGUCUUACUUCGCGAUUGUUAUCAAUUUCACGAUUAUUAGGUUAUAAUGUUCAAGGCAAUUUUGGGGGUAGUUCAAUGACGGAGUUCGGUAAUGUUUUCAAUUGUUAGCCAGUUUUGUUAGAAAGUAGUUUUAACAAUGCCUUCGUUUUUGUCGACUUCGAUUGCGGUUGGGCGCUUGGUUUCGCAUAGAAAUUCAAUCAAACAGAUGAUGAGAUAUUCCAAGAACAAUUUGCUAUUGGGAAAUUUUGUUCAGAUUCGAUGCUUGAGUAGCAUAGCCUUUAUCGAAGCAUUUUCAUCAGCCAAAGUUGGUAAUUAUCAUAAGGAUGAUUAUGCCUUAUUGGGACGCUUGUGCAAUCGGGCUAUUCAAAGGAGGGGAUUUCUGGGAUGUGGUGAUGGCGAAGAGGGGAAUGUUUUAUCCAAACUUUACGAGGAGAAGCGCGUUAUGGGGUAUUCUCCAGAGCAGUUAUUUGCUGUGGUUGCUGCUGUUGACUUGUAUGAGGAUUUUCUUCCCUGGUGUCAACGGUCAGAGAUAAUUCGACGCCAUCGUGAUGGAUCAUUUGAUGCUGAGCUGGAGAUUGGUUUCAAAUUUCUUGUUGAAAGUUAUGUCUCUCAUGUGGAAUUAAGAAAACCGAACUUUAUAAAGACAACUGCAUCAGAAAGUAACGUUUUUGAUCAUUUGAUAAACAUAUGGGAAUUCAAUCCGGGACCAGUUCCAGGAACUUGCAACCUCCAUUUCUUUGUGGACUUUAAGUUCCAGUCCCCUUUAUAUCGACAGAUGGCGAACAUGUUUUUUAAGGAGGUGGUCUCUCGAUUAGUUGGUUCAUUUAAUGACCGUUGUCAAUUGAUAUAUGGACCAGGGGUUCCAGUUCUUGAAAAUACUUAUGAACAAAGGGUAUGAAAGCAUGCUUUCUAGAUAGCCAUACUUUGUAAACUCAAGUGCCAAUUGAAGCAUUGCGUGCAUAUUCAAAACAGUUUAGGGUAACAAAAUCAAAUUUAAAGCUUCACCACGACCUCUGGGUUAGUGUUUUUAAAUGCUGCCCAAUUCCAUUGUUCAUCGACUCUUGGUGGGUUAAAAAGCCACUCUCCCUUGGCAGACCAGGCAUUUCUGUUUCCUUCGUUUAAUUAUCAGAUCUGGUUAUUUCUGGUUCAACAGACUUUUAUAGUUGGAUUAUGCCUCAUUUGGAUUACACCCGUUUCAUAAUUAUUGAUGCGUUAUCAGAUGAAAGGAUAUCAUAGCAGCUGUUUUGUUGAUUUCUGAAAUAAACUAUGUUUACCUGGGGAUCAUUGUGGCUUUGUACAAUGACCGUGGGUCCAUCGUUUCUUGUAAAAGACUGACAUCAGAUGGUAGGUGUGACGGCUCCUGUGUAUUCUUGUAGCAUAUUUGACACGAAAUCA